CUGAGGAUUUUAAAGAUGGAGGCAGAUUUGAAUAAGCCAGCGGUUCCUAGGCCGUCCUUUGUUAAAUCGGUUGAGAUGACCCCGAGAAUUGGCUCGUUGGAUGCUACUGACAUUAAGAGAAAUCUCUACGAAGACUUUUCCUCCAUCUCUGAUAUCAGCCAGAGAGAGAGCUUGGAAUCCAGAGAACACAUUUAUGUUUGCCUUCGCAUUAGACCCCUUGUGCAAUCGGAAAAUGAGAUCGAGUCUCAGGGCUGUGUUUCUGUUCUCGACUCGGCGAGCAUUAUAUUAAAAGCCCCCAAGAGCUCUAUGGUAUUUCGGCUUAGUGAAAAAAACUUGGGACAGAUGGUGCAGAAAUUCACUUUUUCGCAGGUCUUUGGCCCUGAAACCACUCAAGAGGAGUUCUUUGAAGGUACUGUGAAGCAGCCGGUGCAAGACUUCCUGAGGGGGCACAGUCGCCUGGUGUUCACUUAUGGGGUCACAAAUGCAGGGAAAACAUACACUUACCAAGGCACAGAAGACGACGUUGGCGUUCUCCCAAGGGCGCUGGAAAUGUUGUUUAGAAACAUCCCAGGCAAACUGUAUCCCAAGAUGGACUUCAAACCCCAUAGAUGUCGAGAACAUAGAAAGCUGAAUGAAGAAGAAGUGAGAGAAGAAAUGCUUCUUAAGAACUCCCUGCUUCGUCUCAUGAAAGAGAUAGAUCAUCAAAAUGGCAUCAGUGGAAAUCAUAAUGGAACGGCUGAUAAUUCUGAAGAAGUGGAACAACCUAGCAGGGAGGAGGAGAGCGGUGCUAAGUUCUCUGUCUGGGUGUCGUUUUGUGAAAUUUACAAUGAGUCUAUUUAUGACUUGCUGCUCCCAAUGACCAAUGAUAAGAGAAGGAAGAUGCUGCGCCUUGCACAGGAUAUUAAAGGCUGUUCAUAUGUCAAAGAUCUACAGUGGAUUCAGGUUUCAAACGCUAAAGAAGCCUUUAAACUCGUGAAACUAGGCCUGAAGAACCAAAGUUUUGCUUCGACAAAACUGAACGCUAACUCCAGUAGGAGCCACAGCAUAUUCACUGUAAAAAUGCUUAAAAUAGAUUCUACCGUCACUCAUGUCAUGCGAGUCAGUGAAUUAUUUCUGUGUGACUUAGCUGGCUCAGAACGCUGCACCAGAACCCACAAUGAAGGAGAAAGAUUAAAGGAGAGUGGAAAUAUCAAUGCUUCACUGCUUAUUCUAGGCAAAUGCAUCAGUGCCCUCAAGACUAAUCAGCAGUCUAAGAUGCAGCUGCACAUACCUUUUCGUGAAAGUAAGCUAACUCACUUCUUCCAAGGCUUCUUCAGUGGUAAAGGGAAAGUGUGCAUGAUAGUCAACGUCAGCCCAAGUGCUGCUGCCUACGACGAGACACUCAAUGUGCUGAAGUUUUCGGCAAUUGCUCAAAAUGUCAUUGUCCUCGACUCUUCCAAUUCUCCCCAAGAACAAACGUGUGACCAGAGGUCCAUGAGAGAAGAAUUGGAAACUGAAGCAGAAGAAGCAGAUGCACUUGCUCCUCUUAAAAGAGCAACUAUACUUUGGGAGAGGACUCUGGAAGAUGUGAUUGAAGACGAAGAAGAGUUGGCUGCUGACAGCAGUGGGGAGCGUGAGGUACACAGCGUGGAGAAUAACAUUCUCAAAGGGACAGCGCCUGAGAUAGUGGAAGACACACUGAGCCAGGCAGCGGAUGAAGAUGAUGGUGAUGAUGAAGUGGUCAUUGGGAAAGAAGAAUAUCUGAGGCUUCUCAAUAUAAUAGAGGAUCUGAAAAACAAACUGAUCAAUGAAAGAAAAGAGAAGCUAUUUAUGGAGCUAAGAAUCCGUGAAGAAGUCACGCAGGAGUGUGCUCGAUAUCUCGCUGACAAUGAAAAAAACCUCAAGAUGCUGGCUGCCCAUAAGCAAGAGUUGAUGGAGGACCACUUUGAGGAACGGAUGCAGAUUUACAAGGACUUUGUGAAGGAAUAUAUACCCCUGGCGAAUGAUGGAGGGGGACUGGUGAAACAGCCCGUGUCUGAUGAGCAAGACAGACCUCAGGGAGAUGCAGCUAGAGAUCUGAGAAGUUCUGCUGAUUUUGUCUGCAUGGUAGAAUCACUACAACAUAAUGUCUCUGAUAUUAAGCAACAGGCAGAAACGGUGUUUGGGUUACUUAAUGCUGCGGAAGAUCCCCUGAAAACUAUUGAAAAACUGGAAAAGCAGUUGGCUGAUGUUACAGCUGAGUUAUCCAAAAUCCGAGAGAAGCUCUCGGAGAGGAAUGAAGAGAUGAAAAUGCAAGAGAAUAAACUGAAUGAAUCUGCUCAAGUUCUUCAAGAGGCUACUGAGAAAAUGGUUCUACAGAAUGAACAAAUACAAGAGCUAACGCAAAUUGUGGAGCAAAAGGACUGUGAAAUAAGCAAGCUGAAAGAUCUGAUAGUUCAUUUGGAAACUAUUGUAAAAGACUCUGAGAACACAAUUGCUACUAUUAAACAACAAAUGGAACAGGAGAACCAGAAAAAGAAAGCAAACUGUGCCCAUUUUAGAGAGAUGCUCGAGAAACAUCUGGAUACUGGGAGGAAACGAUGUUUGGAAAGGGAGGAGGAAGAGGAAGGCCCACCUGCAAAGCAAGGAUCCAUUAAUGACAGUUCUAAAGGCACCCUAGAGACAAAGCAACUUCGACCGUGUACUUUCAGGGAAGAGAAAGAAAAGGUGGAACUGGAACAAAAGACCAAGAUGCUAGAAGCUCACUUGGCUACACUUGGAGAGCAGUUAGAAAAAGAGAGAAGCAAGAGUGAGGGCUUGACUAGAGAAAUAGCUAGCUUGUCUCAAGAACUUUCUUCUUCAGAAGAAUACGCUUCUGGCUUGAGAAAGGAACUGCACCAACAGCAGGCCAACAAUGAAGAAAUAAAGUCUGAGUUAGUUGGCCUGAAAUCUCUAAAUAAGAAACAAGAGGGGAAAAUACAGGAGCUGCUUGAAAAACUAGAGGCUGCGAGCGAAAUGAUUGCAGAAAAGAAAUCAAAAGUAAAAGCCGUUGAGGUCAAAAUAGGCGAGCUAAUCCGAUUAGGUUCAGGUGGCCCUACAGCAGAAGCCGACCUGUCAAAUUGGAAUGAGUGGGGAGAGCUUUCAAAAGAUGGGCGCGAAGAAAUUCAUGCCCGCCUGGGUCGGGAAAGCUCAUUUCAUUGUAGUAUUGAAAGCAUCUGGGAAACGAGCAAGCGAAUCAUCAACAGUUCAUCUCAGAAGAGCAGUCAGAUCGCAGAUCUCCAACGACAAGUAGAGCAGUUGCAAAAGAGGACUGCAAAUGCUGAAGAAGAGACGUCUCGUCUGAAGUCUCAGCUCAGCGAAGCUGUCAGUCAAGCCAAAGCCUCCUUACAGGAAAAGGAGCGCAUCCUCGGUCAGUUAAGGGAUCUGAAAGAAGAAAAUGCUCUCUGUUCUGAGAAAUACAGGGCAGAGGAGAAGAAAACUGUUGACUAUCUUGAGAAGAUAAAAAACCUCAAUGACCUCUUAGAACAGCAUGGAGCAAAAGAGGCCAAUGUAGCUGCUUUGGAACAAGCCCUUCAAGAGAGAGAGACUGCAGUUUUAGUUGCAGAAAGAGAGGUACGUGACCUCCAAGAAAAACUUGCCGUUUUGGAAUCUAAGAUCAAAAGCUUAAGCAAUCAUGAACUGCAACUUAAGGAAGAAGUCCAAGAACUGAAGAAUAACUUGAAGGCUGUUGACCUUCUGGAAAAGGAGAGAGAGGAAUCCAAGCAAGCUAUUGUGCGGUUGAAGGAAGAUCUCCUGGAAAGCACUGCUCUUUCCUCCCAGCUGCAAGUGGAAAUCCGCCAGAAAGAAGAAGAAUACACAGACCUGAAAGAGAAGCUGGCUGAUGCCAAAAAACAGAUUGAGCAAGUGUGCACUAUGCGUACUGAAGAGAAAUUACUGCGGAACAGAAUGAGUGAACUUGAAAAAUCAAAAAAACAGCUGGUUGAGGAGUUAGAAGUCAAACAGCGAACGAUCCAGCAGUUUAAGAAGGAAGAACUUAACGAGAAACUGGAGGAUAUUUUACAGCAAUACCAGAAGGUGUGUGAAGAUCUCUCUUCCAAGGAGAAGAUCAUUGAAGAUAUGAAACUGACUUUAGAAGAGCAAGAACAGACUCAGUCGGAACAAGAUCAAGUACUUGAGGCCAGGAUAGCAGACUCAGAAAGAUUAGUGGCUGAGCUGCAAGUAUGGAAGAAGAGGUACCGUGAGCUAGGGGAGCAGAGCAGUGCUUCUAGGCAGCAACGUGCUAAUGCAGAAUGUGAAAACACGGCCAAGUUGCCUAGUGAAGAACUGGAGAGAUUGCAAGAGAAACUGAAGGAGUGUGAAGAAAAACAUCAAAUGGAUCGCAAAAAGUGGUUGACAGAAAAAAUGAUCCUCAUAACUCAAGCAAAAGAAGCAGAGACUCAUCGUAACAGAGAGAUGAAGAGAUUUGCCGGAGACCGAGAACUUCAUGCGAAGCAACUACUAGAAUCGGAAAACCUUGUGGCAGAAAAAGAGAAUGACCUUCAAAAAUGGCGUGCUGAGAGAGAUCAGCUGGUGGCAGCUUUGGAAGUUCAGCUGAGCUCCCUGAUUUCUAGCAAUGCACAAAAAGAUGCCGAAAUAGAAGAGCUGAAGAAGGCAGAACUGAGAGCUCCCACACAGGUCUUGAUCACCACCGUGCAAAGUUAUGUAAACUCUAAAACAAAAAUGUUGCCCAUGCCAGUGGAAGCCAAACAACAUAAAAUGGAAGAUCUCCAUGGCCGUAAGCUUAAAGAGAAGCAAAUUGAGUCAGUAAAUUGCAACCGUGUUGGGGACACUGAUUCACAGCUACAAAAUUCUAGCAGGGCAUCUUCAGUAGAAGAUAUUCAGGACCAGUCGGAAAUCAUCCUAGAUUCUUGUGAAGUGUCUUCAGAGAAUGACGUAACUAGCCGCUUUCCAAAGCCUGAAAUGGAAAUUCAUUUUACACCCUUGCAACCCAAUAAGAUGGAAGUGAAACAUCAAGGCAGUCCUUCUUCAGUGACUAUAAAAGUGCCCAAGGCAAGGAAAAGAAAGAGCAGCACAAUGGAUGAGAGCAGUAUAUUGUCAAGUCUCCGGAAAUGCAAACUUAGAAAUAAGGGCACUUCUGAUGGUGUUGGUCAGGAGGAUGUGAAGAAUGAAAAUGAGAAGAAUGCUGAAACCCCAGCAAAUGGCUCAUCAAGCAGACAAAAGAAAAAGACCGUUCCUGAUCCCUCUCUUAAGAAGAAUUAUUCCCUGAGAAGAAGGCAUUUUGCUGAAAGUGUAACAUCGCCUGGAAACAAAGGUGGAUCCUUGCACAAAUUUGGCUAUUUCUUGCAGAGCUCUCCUACAAUCAUUCACUCCAAAGCUAAGAAAUUGAUGGCAACAAUAAAAUCUCCCAAAUCUACAGAGGAGGGAUCUGUUAAAGAAAAUGAUCUCAAGCCAAAGAGAGCCAAGCGGAGGCUGUAUAACAUGGGCAUUUCGUCCCCGAUGGAGUUUUCUGGGCAUGUGAUUGUGAUGGAUCAAAAGGAAAGCGAUCACGAAAUCAUCAAGCGGCGGCUCCGAACAAGGAAAACAUAAUUUCCCCUCCACACACACACACACUCAUGUGGAUCUAAUCAUGCAUCUAAUUUAAAGACUUGGUGGUGGACUUCCAGAACGUAGCUCUUCCAGAGUAGAUGAGUGUGGACUGAAA